AGUCUUUUAAAUGUCUUCAGACUUUAGCGAAGACAGCUUUUUAGAUUUAUCACUUUUUCAAUGACUUUUCUUUUAUUUUUUUCUUAAUGUUAUGCACGCAGACACUCUUUCUAGUUUUGUUGUAUAUAUAAAGAAGCCAUUACUCAUUCACUCGGACCACCAACUUGCGACCAAAGAAAGCAAAACCAAAAUUGGUUUCGGUCUUUAAAACAUUAAUAAAAUAUUUCUUUUAAUGGAUUGUUCUUCCUUGCUCGAUCUUAACACCAACCCUUUUGAUCGUAGUUUCACAACAAAACUUCCGGUGAGUUCAUCAUGAUUUAAUAUCCUUGGUAACAUUUUUGAUUUUUUAUUCACUAGGACUGUUGUAAUCGUAACUAAUCACGUGUUCACAUUUUUUUAGAAGAAGGAAGUCAAGGUUUCGACCUCUACUGAUUUAGAAAGAAAACAGAGCGCAAGUGAGUUAAGAGAGGAGCUAAACAGAGUCAACUCAGAGAACAAGAAACUAACUGAGAUGUUAUCAACAGUGUCCGAAAAAUACUACGCUCUACAUCAUUAUUUGGAGAAGCUUCAGAGUCGACAAAGCCCUGAAAUGGACCAGAUUGAACAACCGACAAAGAAAAGAAAACAAGAUUCGGAUGAGUUCUUAGGGUUUCCUAAUAUAGUAAGUGGUGGAAAAAUUGAGAACAGCUCCAGCAACGAAGAUCAUCAUCAGGUUAUUUCAUGUAAAAGGCCAGUCACUGAUAGCUUCAACAAAGCACAUGUUUCAACAGUUUACGUGCCUUCUGAUUCUUCAGACACAAGCUUGACAGUAAAAGAUGGGUACCAAUGGAGAAAAUAUGGACAAAAAGUUACAAGAGAUAACCCCUCUCCUAGAGCUUACUUUAGAUGCUCAUUUGCUCCAUCUUGUCCAGUUAAAAAGAAGGUGCAACGGAGCGCAGAGGAUCCGUCAGUACUGGUAGCAACAUACGAAGGGACACAUAACCACUUAGGUCCAAACGGUUCUGAAGGGGAUGUUACAAGCCAAAUUGGAUCAAGCACUGUGACUUUGGAUUUGGUUCAUAGUGGUCAGGGAGCGAUGCAUGAGGUUUUGGUUCAGCAAAUGGCAUCUUCUUUAACGAAGGAUUCAAAGUUUACAGCUGCUCUUGCGGCUGCUAUAUCAGGGAGGUUGAUGGAGCAGUCUAGAACAUGAAGCUCACAUGUCACAAUGAAUGUUUUUGUUUUGGUUUUCUCAUUUCUUUAGGAGAAAAAGAAUGGUUUCUCCUUUUUUUCUAUUUAAAAUGUAUCUUUUAAUUAGGAGAAAAGGAUGGAAACUUAAGUGUAUAUAAAAACCAUAACCAAAUGAUAAGAUCAUAAACACUCAAGAGUUAUUAGUUUUUUAAAUAGUUAGAUAAGGUGAUUAUAGAAACAAUUUGUAAAAAUUUGGUCUGCUUAUCAAAUAUUAUAAAUACAAACUAUGGAAUUACAUACUCCC